AUGGCCAUAAAUUUUUUUCGAGUUUUUGUUUGGGAUUUUUUAGAAGGUGUUAAAUGUUCAGUAAAAGGUUUUUUUGUAAUAAGAGAACUAGAUAGAGUUACUCAUAUUGAACCAAAAACAAAAGAAAAAAAAGAAAUAAAAACAGUAUUAAGUGAAAGACGUCGGGUAGAAGCUGAAAAAAAAGACGUCGUCAGCCCAAAAAAGCCAUCCGACGAAGUACCUGUAAAUAAUAUGCCAAUAUGGCAAAGAAUUCUUAAGAUCAUAUCUUAUAAUUUACUAUCUGUAUUUGUCAUCACCAUAAUUCAAUAUAUCUGUGAGAUAUUUAAAUCAGCUGAAGCUAAUGGAUCUGUAUUGGCAAUUAUUUUAACUGUCAUUAUACAUUUAAUUGGUUAUGUUCCAAUUAUAUUUACACGUAUUUUAAGUAUUUUAUGGCAUUCUGAUGUUUCAAAUACUGCGUUGAGGUAUAGAGGUGUUACAUCUUCUGAUUCCUCACCAUUUUCUGUCAAAGCAGCUGACUUUAUUUUUACAAUUGUAUUUGAACUUAUUUUCAACAUUCAAACAGUUUUCCUCAAGUAUUUUCCAUGUCCUGUUGUUAUAAAUAAUAUUUUGAUUUUCAUUCAUUCAUCUUUACUUAACUCUUUGUAUAGUUUUGAAUAUUAUUGGAUGGCUUUGGGUUGGAAUACACAGCGUCGAAUUGCAACAAUUGAAAAUUCUUGGCCUUAUUUUGUUGGAUUUGGAGCAAUUUUGGCAUUUGCUUCAACAUUUUCUGAAAGCACAGUUAUAAAUGGUUGUAUUUUUGCUUCUCUUUUUCCAUUUUUUAUCAUUUCAGGGUAUUUAAAUAACUUUACACCUGCUAGGAGAGAAAUACCUAGUAUUCCCAUUUUUAAAUUUUCCUUUUUUAUUGCAGACAAACUUUCAUAUCGUAUUUUCGGUUCUUUAAAACGUGCUAUGUUUAAAUAA